UGUUCAGACGAGGUGGGACACAAGACAAUCUGAACUCUUCACUGGCCAAUAGCCAGCGGAACUCCCCCUCCUGCUCUGGAGAACUGUUGUGUUGAUUUGUCCGAUCGGCCUCACUCCCUCAAUCCUCUUCUGUCUGAUCCCACGCAGCCACACAGAGCUCAGACAUGCCUUCAGUGGGACUGGAGAUCCUCGGAGUGGCCCUCGGCGUCCUGGGAUGGAUCUCGGCCAUCAUGUCCUGCGCCCUGCCCAUGUGGAGAGUGACCGCCUUCAUCGGGGUGAACAUCGUCACGGCUCAGGUCACCUGGGAGGGCAUCUGGAUGAACUGCGUGGUCCAGAGCACCGGGCAGAUGCAGUGUAAGAUCCACGACUCCAUGUUGGCUCUGAGCGGCGACCUCCAGGCGGCGCGGGCCCUCACCAUCAUCUCCAUCCUGCUGGGCGUCCUGGGGCUCAUGGUGGCCGUCAUGGGGGCGAAGUGCACCAACUGCGUGGACGAGGAGACGGCCAAGGCCCGGGUGAUGAUAGCUGCUGGCGUGGCCUUCAUCCUGGCCUCCCUGACCCAGCUCGUCCCCGUGUCCUGGUCCGCCAACACCAUCAUCAUGGAGUUCUACAACCCCAUCAUCCCCGAGGCGCAGAAGAGGGAGAUCGGCGCCGCUCUGUACCUGGGGCUGGAGUUGAUUGGCAUCUCUCUGGGCAUUCUGGGAUGGAUUAUUGCCAUUGCGGCGUGCGCCCUCCCCAUGUGGCGGGUGACGGCCUUCAUCGGCAGCAACAUCGUGACGGCGCAGAUCAUCUGGGAGGGCCUGUGGAUGACCUGCGUGGUCCAGAGCACGGGCCAGAUGCAGUGUAAGGUGUACGACUCCAUGCUCGCCCUGUCCCAGGACCUGCAGGCCGCCCGCGCCCUCACCAUCAUCUCCAUCCUGCUCGCCAUCCUCGCCGUGCUCGUCGCCAUCGCCGGGGCCAAGUGCACCAACUGCAUCGAAGACGAGGCGUCCAAGGCCAAGGUGAUGAUCAUCUCCGGUGUCUUCUUCAUCGUCUCCGGGGUCAUGCAGCUCAUUCCCGUGUCCUGGUCGGCCAACACCAUCAUCAGGGACUUCUACAACCCGCUGCUCACCGACGCCCAGCGGCGGGAGCUGGGCGCCGCGCUCUACAUCGGCUGGGCGGCGGCUGCCCUCAUGAUUCUCGGCGGCAGCCUCCUCUGCUGCUCCUGUCCUCCACGUGAGACCAGGUACAACCCGUCCAGGAUGGCCUACUCGGCCCAGCGGUCCGCUGGAGGCCCCGGGCUGGAGAGGAAAGACUACGUAUGAGUGACGGUGGGAAAAGGAACUGAACUGCUCGGACUGAGGGAGCAAGGAGACAAGGAAGCAAGGAGACUCCACGAUGAAGGAUGUGUUUGAAUCCACCUGUAGUAUUUAGGAAUCUGUGAAUGAGGCUCUUUGUUUUUCUGAGGCUGUAAAAGUUCAUUUGAAGGACAUUUGAGUGGAAUUUAUAUUUUUUAGCCUUAAACCUAAAUAAAUAUCCUCAGUGCCUUUUUCUAUUUUUUACAUCAACACAAUAAUAAUGAUUGUACAAUUGCUUAUUUUUUUUAACAGAGUCCAGGCUCCCUCCAUGUUUACGACUGAACAUUUUUUUUAUAACUGUUACUGCUUCAUGUGAUGUCAUAAUAAAAGCACUUCUGGGAACUGAACUGAAGAACUGAUCAUCGACAGGUUCACAAGCUGUAAAUACUGAAUAAAAAUCAUCAAUAACCUGUAACGACUUGUAGUAACUGUAUUAAACGCAGCCUUUUGUGCAGUGGAGUUGAGGGUGU